GUGACCAACACUGUGAGUGGUAGCCGCACGUGGAGCAGGCACACAUUUUUUAAAAUUAUUUUUCUGCCAGCAAAACGUGUGUUUUUUAUAGUUAACUUAAGAAAUGGGUCGUAAAGCUGAAUACAGUGAGAAACAAAAGAAGGGACCUGGCCGCAAGGCACGCAAACAGGGUCCACCCACGUUUCCAAAGAAAUCGUUUGCGCCUCUGGAGGAAGAAGAUAAAAAGUUGACACAUCGUCAAAAGCAGCGCAUGGUUAAACGUGAGCAAAAGAAGGUGGUACAAAAGGCUAAGCUAAAAGAGAAGCGCGCCCAACAACCGCAACAGCGAAAGCAAAAGAAAUACAACAGUGACAGCGAACCAGAAGAGGAAGAGAAGGCGAAGCAACAGGCGGAAUCUUCUGACGAGGAAGUACCGCAGCUGGUGCCAAUUAAGAAGCAGAAAUCUAAUGGUAUUGCACAGAAAAAGCAACAGCAACCGAAAAAGCCAGUUUCCGAUGAGGAGCCAGAAGAUGAUGAAGAUGAAGAUGAGUCUGAUGAGGAGUUAGAGGAGGAUUCUGACGACCAAGAGGAAUUGGAUGGCGAGGAGGAAGAGACGGAAGAUCUAUAUGAAGAUGAUAUGGAAGAGGAAGUUAGUGACGACGAUGAUGAGGCACAAGUCGGUAAAUUGGAUGAUCUAUUUGCUGACGAUGAUGAGGACGAUGAGGAAGCCGCCUCAGAGGACGAUGCAUCGAGCGACGAUGAAGAUGAAGAUGGCAGUGAUGACGACGAUGUUGAGAAUGACGACAAGUUGCCCAUUGAACAGGCUAACAAAAAGCUCAAGAAACGUCUAGCCAAGGAAGCUAAGGAAGCCGAUGAAGAAAUGCAAAUGACCGUUGAUCAGUCGGAAGUGUUCCAGCUGCCAGAGCCGGGUGAGGAACUGGAUGCCGAAAUGUCACUGCAGGAUGUGCAGCAGCGCAUCAAGGAUAUCACUCAGGUGCUCACUGAUUUUGCUAAGUAUCGCCAGGAGGGUCGCUCCCGUAGCGAGUAUGUAGACCAGCUGCGACGUGAUCUCUGCUUGUACUACAGCUACAACGAGUUCCUCAUGGAAAAAUUGAUGGACAUCUUCAAGUUAAGCGAUCUGCUGGAAUAUCUGGAAGCCUCAGAGGUGGCGCGUCCCUUGACCAUACGCACAAAUUCACUAAAGACUCGUCGUCGUGAUUUGGCUGGUGCAUUGAUCAAUCGAGGUGUCAAUCUAGAUCCACUGGGCAAGUGGACCAAUGUGGGACUGGUUAUCUUUAACUCGACUGUGCCAUUGGGCGCCACGCCCGAGUAUCUGGCUGGACAUUAUAUGAUUCAGGGUGCCUCGUCAAUGCUGCCAGUCAUUGCACUCGCUCCGCAGGAGAAUGAACGUGUGUUGGAUAUGUGCUCUGCUCCUGGUGGCAAGGGAUCACACAUUGCGGCCGUAAUGAAGAACACGGGUGUACUGUUUGCCAACGAUUCGAAUCGUGAUCGUAUCAAGGCUGUUGUGGCUAAUUUCCAUCGCUUGGGCAUUGUAAAUGCCAUCGUCAGUUGCGAAGACGCUACCAAAUUCCGUAAUAUAAUGACUGGCUUUGAUCGUGUGCUCCUCGAUGCACCCUGCACGGGUACCGGUGUCGUCUCCAAGGAUCCCAGUGUGAAGACUACCAAAUCUGAGAUUGAUGUGCAACGUUGUUAUAACUUGCAGCGUAAACUUUUGCUGACUGCCAUCGAUUGUGUGGAUGCCAAGUCCUCAACGGGCGGUUAUAUUGUCUAUUCUACUUGCUCUGUGCUGCCCGAGGAGAACGAAUGGGUUGUCGAUUAUGCGCUGAAGAAACGGAACGUUAAACUCGUCCCGCUGGGCAUUGAUUUUGGCGAGCCUGGUUUCACCAAGUUCCGUCAGCAUCGCUAUCAUCCCAGCUUGAAUCUAAGCAAGCGUUUCUAUCCCCACACUAACAACAUGGAUGGUUUCUAUGUGGCCAAACUGAAGAAGUUCUCCAACACCAUACCCAUUACCAAGGAGGAACAAGAAGCUGAUGAGAAGCAGCUUGAUGAUGCAAUUGCAGCUGAUGAACCCGAGUCAAACAAAGCCACAGACAAUGAGGAGGAGAAGGUGGAGGUGGAAGGUACUGAAGGUGCGCCAGAUGCACCACGUAAGUUACUGGGCAAGCGUGCCGGAAAACCGAUACUCACCGAUGUGGAACAGGAUCUGAAGAAGAAGAAGCUCGAGCAGAGCAAAACAAAGUAUGUUGCCAAGGUGUUUGAGAAGCCCGUGAAAGUGCCCAAGAAACCCAAGCCCGAAAAUCCUGCUGCCACGGAGACUGCCACCAAUGGCAAGAAAUCAGAGAAGCAGUCAAAGAAUGUGGAACAAACUGAAAAGUCUGCGAAAGGUCCCAAGAAGACCAAGGCCGAGAAUUCAACACCCGCUGUCCAAGAGUCGACAACCAAUGGUAAAAAAAUCUGAGAAGCAGUCAAAGAAGCCUGUGAAUGUGGACAAGAGCUCAAAACCCGCUGCCCAACAGGCGACACCCAACGGCAAGAAAUCCGAGAAGCAAUCCAAGCAAAGUCCCCAACAAGCAGAGUC